CGGUUCCCUCAUUCGGCAGUUGAGCUGCGAGCUAAUCUCUAGUAUUUUCGUUUUUCCCGGCCACUGUCUGAUCGGUGAAGAAACCGGAUUUAGCUUUGUGAAUUCGGAUUGAUCGUCCAAUGGCGUCUUCUAUUGCUGCAGGUGGAGUUCUCAGAGUUUCGACGACGUCGGGGUCUUCGUCGUCGAACGGCGGUUCUAACCGUGUAAGGGGAAGCAGCGUUCGAAGCCUCUCGUUCGGUGCGUCUCUCAUUUCUGGUGACAAGAUUGAUUUUAGAGCUUCUGCUUUGGGAUCACGACGUUUUUCUGGUGGUAGAGCGGCACCUUUGAUCGUCUCUCCGAAAGCGGUUUCUGAUUCCAAGAACUCUCAGACUUGCCUCGAUCCCGAUGCUAGCCGGAGUGUGCUUGGGAUUAUUCUGGGAGGUGGUGCUGGAACGCGGCUCUAUCCGCUCACUAAGAAGCGGGCGAAGCCUGCUGUUCCUCUUGGAGCAAACUACAGGCUGAUUGACAUUCCUGUUAGCAAUUGUCUCAACAGCAACAUUUCCAAGAUUUAUGUCCUAACGCAAUUCAAUUCUGCGUCUCUUAAUCGUCAUCUUUCCCGAGCUUAUGCGAGUAACAUGGGCGGUUACAAGAAUGAAGGAUUCGUUGAGGUUCUUGCGGCUCAGCAGAGUCCGGAGAAUCCAAAUUGGUUCCAGGGAACAGCUGAUGCGGUUAGGCAGUAUUUAUGGCUAUUUGAAGAACACAAUGUUUUGGAGUAUCUAGUUCUUGCUGGCGAUCAUUUGUACCGAAUGGACUACGAGAGAUUUAUUCAAGCACACAGGGAGACUGAUGCAGAUAUCACUGUAGCUGCACUUCCCAUGGAUGAAAGCCGUGCUACUGCAUUUGGUCUGAUGAAAAUUGAUGAAGAGGGACGGAUAAUUGAGUUUGCAGAGAAACCGAAAGGAGACCAAUUGAAAGCAAUGCAGGUUGAUACUACUAUUUUGGGUCUUGAUGAUGAGAGAGCGAAAGAGAUGCCUUUCAUAGCCAGCAUGGGUAUUUACGUUAUCAGUAAGGAUGUGAUGCUGAAUCUUCUAAGAGAAAAAUUUCCCGGAGCAAAUGAUUUUGGGAGUGAAGUUAUUCCUGGUGCAACUUCCAUUGGAAUGAGGGUGCAAGCUUACUUGUACGAUGGCUACUGGGAAGAUAUUGGUACCAUUGAAGCCUUUUACAACGCAAAUCUGGGGAUCACAAAGAAGCCAGUACCAGAUUUUAGCUUCUAUGAUCGUUCGUCUCCAAUCUACACCCAACCUCGCUACUUGCCGCCAUCGAAAAUGCUCGAUGCUGAUAUCACUGACAGUGUUAUUGGUGAGGGCUGUGUCAUAAAGAACUGCAAGAUUCAUCAUUCUGUCGUUGGCCUCCGAUCUUGCAUAUCCGAAGGUGCAAUCAUAGAAGACACGUUAUUGAUGGGUGCAGAUUAUUAUGAGACGGACGCCGACCGUAGGUUAUUGGCGGCAAAGGGUAGUGUACCAAUUGGCAUUGGCAGAAAUUCCCACAUCAAGAGAGCUAUCAUUGACAAAAAUGCUCGCAUCGGGGAAAAUGUCAAGAUCGUGAACGGAGACGGUGUGCAAGAAGCAGCAAGGGAGACAGACGGGUACUUCAUAAAGAGUGGGAUCGUGACAGUAAUCAAGGAUGCUUUGAUUCCCAGUGGCACUGUUAUCUAAAGAGAGAACAGAACAGAACAGAGCAGACAUGUUUUCCAUUGAACUGGUGCCUCUCUCUCUCUCUAUCUCUCCCUCAGUUUUGGUUACCGUUCCAUUUGGUAGUAAAUGCAUAGUUUAGGGAAGAGAAUCCCCACUCCACAGUCCCAACCAUUAGGCACUGUUCUACUUUUAACUUAUGCUGUAAAUGUUCCUCCCCUCUUCUUCUGCACUACAUCAUUUCAUUACCUUCUUUCUCUCCAUUUCCCCCCAUUGUACCCCAUUUCCUUCAAAAUAAUCACCUAUUAAGAACAAUAACAGCUCGCAUUU